AUGGCCGUCACUAACAAAGAUUUGGCUUUGGCCAUUAUCAACUUCUUGAACAGCAGUGUGUCUAACAAAACUAUUGAUGAGGAGUUCUCCGAGUCCGUUGAUGUUGCAAUUGACUGUAUUGCAGACGCAUUUAGUGUAAACAAAGAUCAAGCCUCAUCUGCUCUUGGUGGAAAGUCCUUGCUUGAAAUUGUCAACGGCGCUGCAAGUACUGCAUCUCCUUCCACCAAAGCUGUUGAUGUUGACGAGGAAGCCAAGGCCAAGGCCAACGCCUUGAAGGGUGAGGGUAACAAGGCAAUGGCCUUGAAGGACUUCGACACUGCGAUUGCUAAGUACUCUGAGGCAAUCGCAUUAGACCCUUCUAAUGUUGUGUUCUUAUCCAACAGAGCCGCUGCAUACUCUUCUUCCUCGCAACAUGCCAAGGCUGUUGAGGAUGCUAAGGCUGCAAUUGCCUUGGACUCCAAAUUUUCAAAAGCUUACUCCAGAUUGGGAUUGGCUGAGUACGCUUUGGGCAAUGCCAAGGGUGCUAUGGAUGCUUACAAGAAUGGUUUAGAAGUUGAGGGGUCUGCGCCAUCGGAUGCUAUGAAGAGAGGAUAUGAGACUGCGAAGAAGAGAGUGGAAGAGGAGUUGGAGAGUAGUAUCUCUGAAGGCGACUCUGUUGCUACUGCGAAAUCAACCGCUGAUGCAUCCGGAUCCUCGGCUUCUGCUAGCGCUGCUGCAGGUGGUUUGCCUGACCUCUCCUCUAUGUUUGGAGGCGGUGGAAUGCCUUCUCUUUCAGACAUGAUGAACAACCCUCAAGUGAUGCAAGCUGCUCAGAACUUGAUGUCUAAUCCAGAGGCAAUGCAAGGCUUAAUGAACAACCCAAUGCUUCGCCAGAUGGCUCAAGGUUUGGGUGGUGGCUCUGGUUUAGAAGGUUUGAUGAACAACCCAGCUCUUCAAGAUAUGGCCAAGCAGUUUAUGGGCGAGCCGGAGAAAAAGCCUGACUCCGCAUAG